UUCAUAGGGAUCCGCGGGCGGAGGCAGGUAUUGUACUGUAUUAUGGGUGAUAGAAAAGAAGCUAAAAUGCAGAUAACGCCGGAAACUCCAGGACGGGUUGCUGUUCUGAACCCUUUUGAAAGUCCAAGUGAUUACCAUAGUCUGCAGGAACACGUUGUUUCCAGUCCUUCUGUCUUUAAAUCGACAAAAGCCUCAUCAACCCCAGGAAAAUUUAGGUGGUCUAUUGAUCAGCUUGCUCUAAUAAAUCCUGUGGAAAUUGACUCUGAAGAUGUUCGGCGUCAAGCAAUGUAUUUAAGUCAUGCCAGACUAGAUAAAGAGAUGGAAGACAAAAGACAAAAAGCAAUUGAAGAGUUUUUCACCAAAAGGCUUAUAGUUCCCUCUCCUUGGACUGAUCCUGAAGGGAAGCAAGUUUCCCAGUUUCAUUCAACUAAAUGUAUAGAUCUAAGCAACAUUUCACCAAUCGGAAGACAGUUAACUGUGCAAUCUGGAAAAAACAAUGCUGCUUGUCAAACAGUAUUGUCUUUGCCUGUGGACUUUAACUUAGAAAAAAUAUUAGGGGACUAUUUUAAGACUGAAGAAUUUGCAGAUCAGUCUCAGGAAAACCUUAGUUCCUCAUCACUUAGAAGAAAAUUAUUUUUAGAGGAGAAUGGAAGUGUAUCUGAGUGUUUAUCCCCUUCUUUGCAAAGUCCAUGUAAUAAUCAGCCACCAUCACUUGGAGUGCUCUGUUCAAUAGAUAUAUCUCCAGUCCGGUGCAGAAGCCCUCUAGAAACAUCUAGCUCAGGUCAGUUUUCCUCAAGUCCUAUCCAGGGAGGUACAAGGGCAUAUAGUCUUGGGAGCAUAACCAGUCCCACAUUUCCAGAGAAGUCCCCUGCAAAUACUGCUUCUCCUACUUUUUCUCCAAUUGCUUUUCAGAUAAGAAAGACACCACUGUCAGAACAAAGGAAGUUUAUGUUUCGUUCUCCUGAUGUUCCUUCUUCAUCAAAAUCAAACAUGAGGACAUCUCCCAAUACUAGGAGUCCUUAUAUAGAUGGCUGUUCUCCAAUUAAAAAUUGCUCUUCUAUGAAACUUGGAGCAUGCAAAGGGACUGCACAAUAUCAGACCUCCCUCAUUAGGAUACCAAUUACACUUGAAAAUCACAAUCAAGAGGAAGAUAAUAAGGAAAAUGCCCCACCAGCAGAAGGCCUGUUUCCAAAAAUGGAAAAUUCAAUAAAUCUACGACACCAAGAUGGUGAUACUUUUGCCCAUGGCACACAUUUGGUUGUGGCCACUGUAUCCAUUGCACCAGAUCUCUCUGAAGCUUGUGAGCAAGGACUGUCAUCGUUGCAGGAGAUAGAAGGGUCAAAGGAAAAUAAUACUGUAGAUAUGGUCGACCCAAUUGAGGUGUCAGAUGAGAACGCUUGGGUAAAGGAAACGGUUGGUAAUAGCAAUAUGCCAAUGACAAGCUUCAUGACAGGAAUUACCUUCAGUAUUGAAAGUUCUCACAUGUUCAUGUCACCUCUUGCAGAAAGCAGUGCAAUUCCUUGUGACAGCAGUAGUAUUCAGGUGGACAGUGGCUAUAAUACACAGACGUGUGGAAGCAGCCUUAUGGACGCUGUUGGAGCUGAAAGCAGUUGCAGAGAAAAUGAUCCACAUGCUUAUGACGUUCCAAACAAAUCUGAGCUUCUCAAAACAAAAGAGCUUCCUGGUUUAAACCGUAAGGACAGUCAUCUACUGGGAGCAAAAUCUCCAGAGAAGCGACCAUGUUUCCAUAAAGUGAAAACCUACAAUACAAUAUUCAGUCAAAAUGCAGCUUGCAAUUUUGCUACUUGGAAACAUACCGGUGAACAUCAGAUUCAGGGAUUACACAGCAAUGCAAGUUUACCUAGUCCCAGGACUCUGGAUGGGAUAUCUACCCGUCAUUCCAUGCAACAACCUACAGAAAUGCCUCUCUAAAAGUGAUUAGACCAUGGAGGCGUUAGCACAUCAUAAAACUACAAAUGGAAUUAAAUUUCUAGGUUAGAGCAUUGUAUCAAUUACAUUAUGAACACUUGAAAGAUAUGUGAAAAAUGAUUUUUUUAUGGCAAUAAAACAGUGCCUGAAGAGAGAUGUUUAGGCAGACUAGUGUAAGAAAUGUAAUUUAAUUACAGAAAGCUGCAUUGUUUUUAUUACCUCAGGAGUGAUAACUCUGGAAAAGUGUAUAUAGAAAUUAAACAGGGAAUUUUCUUACUACCAAUAAAAUGUAUGCCCUGUUUUUUUCAAACUUGAUGUUGCAAUUUUUUUUUAAAUGACUUGUUUUUGAAAUGUGUUAUCAAAUGGAUAUACUUUUCAGAGCUUCCAAUACUUUUCUAUCUUCAGGGUUAGUUUAAACAGUCUAUGCCUUAUAUAACAAAGUAGUACAGGGAUUGAAAAACACACUGAACUAAUGUGCUGGACCACUUAUGGUUAGUCUUGAAACUGUGCCGGAUCCCCAGAAACUGUUCUACUGAUGGAGACAGAGGUCCAAUCACAAAAUAUCAUGGCUAUAUAAAGAUACUUUAUACCAUGAAGGGGGGGUUAGACUAGAUGAGCUCUGGAGGUUCCUUCUAGCCCUACUUCUCUAGGACUUUUUUGAAAAGAUGCUGCUUUUUUGUGCUAUGAAAAACAGCAUGUCAUGCAGUGAGAAAUAACAUUUGCCAUUUUACUUACCACUCCUGCUUCUCGUAUUAGAAACUACUCUGUUAAAACAAUCUAAUGUUUCAUGUGAUUUGAAGACAGGGGUUUCUUUGAUGUAUUUUUUUUGUGAUUAACAUCAAAUGGAUACUCAUGUGCACACCCACAUCCACUCACCCAGCUCCCAAUGUAAGAUGGGAGAAAAGGGGAAAGAUGAUGAUCAAAAUUUUGUUAAGGCAAAGCUGGAUUUCUGACCUAAACUAGGUUUCGAAGCCCAUUGGUAGAUCACUAUGGAUGCUUUCAGGUCAAAUUUUCUUUUCAAAGCAACCCAUACCAACCAUCAAAUUUUUCGCUGUACUGUCUGUAACUUUUAGACUCCUCUGUAUGAAAUAAAGGAGAUUAAGAAUGUGGUCUUACCAUUUAAUGUUACAUUUUGUUGAAUUCUUUUUAUCUGCAUAUUUCAGGAUCAGAAGUUUAAGUAGUUUCAAAAGAACAAAACAAUCACUAACAUUGUUUAAUUACUUCAUAAAAUAAGCAGAAAUGAAAUAGCACAAUUGGGUGACUAAAAUAAUAAUUUGUAGAAAACUGUUAUCUGUCCUUUUUUACUGUUUUAAAUUAGAUUAUGGCAAGAAGAAACUGCAACUAUUUAUUUUCCUUUUUUAAGGAGGAAAAAUCCUUAUUAAAUAUUUUUAAUUAUGUUUUUAAGUAAUCAUUUCAUUUAGAUCUACUGUAUAACUUAACUGCAGUAGUCUUGUGACCAUCGCCUUCAUCUUGUUUUACUUAAGCAUAUGGCUGACACAUUGCACAAAACUGUCAUUGUUUACAUUUAAGAAAAAAAUGUUUUAGCAAGGAUUUUUAUAUUAUGAAUGACUGUAUAAUUAAAUGAUUGAAUAUAAUAAAGACUUAUUUCUCUUAAA